AUGCUCUCUGGUCCAGGAAGCAAAGUCGCAGGCGACGCUAGCGCCGACUGGGACGGCGAAGGCGACGGCGUCAGAGAGGAUGCGGACUUGAAAGAAAAAGACAUCGAGGUGCCAAUCCGCGUGCGACGCGUGGAUUUCGACGCGGACAGCGAGAAACACUACGUGAUUGUGAUUCACGGGACGUUCGACGCGCCGCCGGCGGACGGCGCGCCGACGUGGUACCAACCGCCGCCUCCCGGCGAGCAGAACUUCUGCCGGAAACUCAGCCGGCUGCUCGCGCUGGGACCCAUCGGGGAGGACGCCAUCUGGCGCGACCUGCCGUGCUCCGCGCUCCCGGGAAUCCCGUACCCGUUCCACUGGGACGGCACCAACACGCACGCCGGCCGCGUAACCGCCGCGAUGAAGCUGCACAAUCUGAUCGACCAAAUUGCUCAGAACGACCCGGCGGCUCGGAUCCACCUAGUGGCGCAUUCUCACGGCGGCAAUGUGAUGCUCAAGACGAUCGAACUGUACAUGGCGAAGCUAGGGCGACGGCAGAAGGACGAGUGGCACCCGGCGGUGGCGACGCGGUUUUGGACGUCGCACAAGCGGAGCUACGAGCUGAUCAAGAAGUGGCGGCGCAUCGACAUGAGCAAUUCUUGGUGGCGCUUCUUCCCCUUCCUCGUCGUGUACCGAGGUUUCAACGGACAGAAAACCGCGGGAGUGAAGGAGAGCUACCCGUGGGCGUACCAGCAGUGGCUGGACUCGCUGCUGCGCCUCCCAGCGGUGCGGCAGCGGCGCUUCCUGGCGUUCCGCCACGCCACCUCGCCCAUCACCAACGCCCUCGGCGCCCUUGUCUUCCUCGGCACGCCCUUCUACAUCAAAAAGUGGCAGCGCAACGGGCUGCUGUGGUUUGCACUGUCCUUGCUCUUCUCGGUGGCGCUGAUGUAUGUCUUCAUCAUCGCCUAUACGUCCUUCAUCCAGUUUAUCGUUCUGCUCAUUGCCGGUCGGCUUCAAGACUUCUACACCCAGUCAGGCCCUCACUUCCUGAUCGCAACCUCAGUCAUGCUUCUAGUCCUCAUCAAACAGAUCAUGGAUGCCGUGGGAAACACAGUGUUCUACAGCGGCAAUCUCUACCACAACCCGGCCUUUGAUUGGUCCCCUGCCAUGUCCGCCCUUGUUAUCCAUGCGGGAAAACUGGAUGAGGCCAGUCUAGCGCUAUCCAUGGAGCCAAUCACGCGAGCCUACGUCUUCCCCCACCUGACAAAACUCCUGAAGCAGACCCCCUGGGCGCCCUUCCCCAAGCCCCCAACCCGCUACGCACGCCAGGUGGAUUGGUGGGCCUUCCUUUUCCACUGCGCCAUCAUUCUCGUGUGGGACACACUCUUCUUCCUCCCAGCGGCCAUCAUGUCUGUGUGCUCUCACAUCAUCGCGCCCAUCGUCACGGGGACGAUUCAAAAGAUGGUGGUGACGAUCAGCUUUGGGCUGUCGUCGGGGGAUCUGAACCACGCGUAUAUCUAUGUGGACGAGCAUCUGGAUUUGGACCUGUCCUCGCAACAAGUCGACCAAUGGAAUGUGCAGAAACUGCUGGCAGAGGCAAAGACCAAGUCGCUCAAGGGAGAGUUGAUGCCCGGCUAUGAGGAUGACACAGUGGAGCAACCCGAGUGGAUGGAACCCGUAUCACACUCCCCCCACCCCCACGCCUUGCGCUCUCCUCUCCGCUCUCCCCGCCCUGCUGCUGCUGCUGCUGCUGCUGCUACGUCUGUGGAGCUGAAUCAGAGCAAGGACGGGGUUCACAAGCGCAAGGGGUUUCGGGACGUGGUGGAAAUGCGGCUUACAGGGGCUGUUGAGUCCCCUCAGAAGCCACCUCGAAAGGGGUUUCGGAGCGUGGUGGAGAGGCGAAUGGCAGGGAGAAGUGGCGCCAAGGAAGGAGGGGAUGAGCAAGACCGUCUCUCUACCCCGCCUGCUAUGGAAGCAGCAGCAGUGGCGCAGGAAAUGGAGGAGGGGGGUGUUAAGGAGGGAGCUUCUUUUACUGCUGCUGCUACUGCUGCUGCUGUAUCCGACGCCGCCGCUUCAAGCCCAGGGCUAGCUGCUUCCUCUGAGUCUCAGCAGCACCCAAGUACUCAAAAGGAGAGAAUGGUGCCUGUGCUGGAAGCACCAGAAGACAGUGGCAGAGAGAAGCUAGUGUACGAGUUUCUGUGGGACGAUCAGGAGCUGGCAAUAAUAGCGGAGCAGUCGCAGACCUUCCAGCGGCUCAAGUCCCAAAUGAACAAAAUCGGGCGCAACCCCCGGCUGAGCGAGCGCGAGUUUGAGCGGCAGUUGCAGCAGCUGUGCGUCAUGAUCGAGGAGCGAAUGGGAGAGCUCACUGGGCGUUUCGACCUGAACCAUGGCGCGUACUUCCGAGAUCCUCGUAUCCUCCGUGUGAUUGCGCAUUUCAUUGAAAAGCGCGAGCUCCCGGAGUGGUCCAAGGACAUGGACGGGGAUAUCUGGCGGUGGAACGAGAACCUGGCUAAGAUUCAAUCCCAGCAGCUACGGCAGAUGGCAACUGGGAGCAGCUCGGGGGGAGUGGGAGAGGGCGAAGGGAAGGAAGGAGGUGAAGGGUCGGGAGAUGGGAAGAGCCGAUCUGGUCGGCUGAAGUCGAUGCUGAAGAACAUGCGUGGGGGGAGUUACAGGGAAGGGGAUGGGAGCACCAGGGCCAGAGCUGUGAAUCUGGUGGAUAUAAGUGAGCUGGCGGAGGGAGCGACCAAGUUGGCGGAAGGAGCGACGAAAGGAGCGACGAAACUGGCAGAGGGGCUGCUGGGCUCGGGUGGUUUCCGAAGCAAGGCUCCGAGCUUCGGCGUGCCUGGGUCUGCACACUCGGGCAUUUCAGUGAAGAUGUUGCUGCAGCAGCAGCAGCAGCAGCAGCAGCAGCAGCAACAGCGGGCAGUCAAGUCUGGGAUGGAGAGUAUCGUUACGUUCAUUACGUCUGGUGAUGGUGGUAGCUCUGGUGGUACUGGUGCUGCUGCUGGUAGGGCUGUUGCUGGUAGUGCUGGUGGUGGCAGCAGUACAGGGGAGGGUGCUGGUGGAACGGCAUACGGAACGCCAGAAGCAGGGGGAACGGUGAGCGGAGGGGAAUUGAGUGAGGAGAGUGAGGAUGUGAUGGGGAAGGUGGAGCGUAUUGAGGAGGAGGUGAAAAAAAAGGGGAAGGGUCUGCUUCAAUCAUAG